AGCACACGCUAAUGGACGUGGUAAACGGCUCGCCGUCGCUACGGCUGCGCGGCGGCGUUCACAACAGUGAUAAUAAAAAACAUGAGUUAAAUCUGUGCCCAAGUGUCAUGUCUCCGGAAACACAGCGACUGCUGCCGCCGACUACGGAGACCAUAAUGACGAAGCCAUUCCCUAUACGAGGAGAACGAGCCAACUAUGUAAAUAUACCACAUGUUAUAGCCAUGGUGGGCCUCCCGGCGAGAGGAAAGACCUACAUCUCAAAGAAGUUGUCUCGAUAUCUCAACUGGAUAGGAAUCAAUACUAGAGUGUUCAACUUGGGCGAGUACAGGCGGCAUGCGACGACUGCCUACACGAGUCAUGAGUUCUUCCGCGCGGACAACAAGAAGGCAAUGGCGAUACGGCAGCAGUGCGCCCUCGACGCGCUGCACGACGUGUGCGAGUGGCUUGUCAAGGGUGGGGAAGUAGCCGUGUUCGACGCGACGAACUCGACGUUGGACCGGCGGCGGAUGAUCCGCGACAUCGUGGUGCACAAGAUGGGCUUCAAAUUGUUCUUUGUAGAGUCCAUAUGUGAUGACCCCACCAUCAUUGAACAAAAUAUCAUGGAAGUGAAAGUAAGCAGUCCAGACUACACGCAUAUACAAAAUACGGACGUGUUAAAUGAUUUCCUACUAAGAAUAGAGCAUUACAAGGAGAAGUACGAACCGUUGGACGAGAGGCUCGAGUCGGAGUAUAGUUUUAUGAAGAUAUACGACACCGGGGAGAAGGUGGUGGUGCACAAACAUGAAGGCCACAUACAGAGCAGGAUCGUGUACUACCUGAUGAAUAUACAUAUUGUCCCCAGGACUAUUUACUUGACGAGGCACGGUGAGAGCCUUCACAAUAUGGUGGGACGCAUCGGUGGUGACAGUGAGCUGUCACCGCGCGGGCGACAGUACGCCAACGCACUCAGCUCCUACAUAGAACACCAGCAGAUCCCCGGCCUCAGGGUGUGGACCUCAUGGAUGAAGAGGGCCAUACAGACGGUGAAGGAUGUGAAGGCACCACAGGAGAGGUGGAAAGCGUUGAACGAAAUUGAUGCGGGUAUAUGUGAAGAGAUGACAUAUGCUGAAAUACAACAGAAAUACCCCUCAGACUUCAACGCUCGCGACGCUAACAAGUUUGCAUACAGAUACCCACGCGGUGAAAGCUACGAGGACCUGGUGGCGAGGCUGGAACCCGUCAUCAUGGAGCUGGAACGCCAGGGUAACGUCCUGGUGGUGUCACACCAGGCUGUGAUGAGAUGCUUACUAGCAUACUUCCUUGAUAAGUCUGCCGAGGAGCUGCCGUACCUGCACGUGCCGCUGCACUCGGUGAUCAAACUGACCCCGGUGGCGUACGGGUGCCGCGAGGAACACAUCGCACUGUCGGUAUCCGCGGUCGACACCCACCGCCCUAAACCCUCUGGCACCGGCGAAGACACCACCACACCGCACCACCACGUGAUACCGGCCCCGCCAAUAAAACCGCUCACCUAUCCCGUUCUAAACGGCACCAAUGGCGAGCGAACCGACGACAACCAAUCACACUAACCGGCCAUAGACAAGGCCUAUUCUACCAAUGGCUACCUUGACGGAACGAGAAGUAAAAAAAAAAGUGUUGUCUGUGACUACGAGUUCUAUAUUUGAGACUGAUUAUAAAUUGAAUGUUUUAAAUUGUAAUUUCGUGCGGUUGUAAGAUGUAAGUGUCGUGAUGUACAUCACUUGAUUCAGAGAUGGUGUGGAGACACCGCUUUUGGUACAUUUGUAUAUAUAUUAUUAUAUAUAUACAUAGCCUGUUUACAACUAUAAUAUGUUAUAUGUAUGAUUCCUAUUACAAUAAAUGAUAAUAUUUAUAAACUAUUUAUUAAUUACUAAUAAUAGUUGACCGUUAAACGUUUGGUUAACAUUUUAUUUAGAAGAUUAUUUUUAUUAUUGGUUGUUGAUAUGUGUAAUUUAUAUUUAUUUAAUAUAAUAAUAUGAUGACAUAAUUGUAAUAUAUCAUUACAUAGUAUAAAACAAAGUCGAUGUCGCUGUCUGUCCGUCCCUAUGUAGGUAUGAUUAAAUCUUUAAAACUACGCAACGGAUUUUGAAGUGAUUUUUUUAAUAGAGUGAUUCAAGAGGAAGUUUUAUAUAUAUAAUACAUGGACCCGUGCGAAGCCGGGGCGAGUAGCUAGUUUUAUGUAUAAAAAUCACAGUAUAAAAUGUUAAUUAAUUAAAUCUAAAUUGUUUUACUUUGUUAAUAUAAUUUUUUUUAUUAUGUCGUAAUGAUAAUAAAAUCUAAGACCAACUAAAAACUCGCAGAUGAUAUUUGUGAUAAAUAAACCUUACAUUCUAAUAAUGUGUUCAAGUAAUGCUAUUUCUGGACCAAUACGAUAUUGAAACCUUCAAGAAAACAGCUUAUUUCUUCUUAAAAGGCCGUCAACGAACUUGCAAUUACUUACCAUCAGGUGAGCCGCAAGCUCAUCUGUCCCCUAUACUACAAAAGAGUGUGAAUUUAAUGAAAGUAAAUAAUUAAAUUACCCACCAUAUUCCUUAUUGUUGAUAAUUCAGUUCCAUUAAUAUUGCCAUUGAGUUUUAUGUUGGUUUGUACACUCAUCUGGAAUAAAAUCAACUUUACUAUGAACAUAAUGCGGUAACUUUAAGUCAAUUUGAAUGGUCUAUAUAUUGUGAUAACGUAUUUACAUAUUAUAUAUUAUUAUAUUAGCUUUGCCCGCAGUUUACCCGCCUGAACUUUAUAGCCUAUGUGUUAUACUGAUGUAUAAGCUAUAUAACUCUAAAGUUUUAUCAAUAUCCAUCCAGUAAUUUUUGCGAGAAAGAGUAACAAAUAUCCAUCCAUCCAUACUCACAAAUUUUGCGUUUAUAAUAUUAGUAAGACUGUGUUUUUAAUUAAACCGUUACUGUUGUUAAUUUGAAGGAAUCUUUGAUCACUGAACAAGGAUAGCAAUAAGUUUCUUUGUUCCAGAUGUAUGUAAUUUUAUAAGACGUUAUAAAUCGUACACCAUGUAUUGUUUCACAAUUAAUUCAGAAUAAUGUGCAAAAAAAUCUCACUAGAAAUAUUAAA